UACCGGUAAAAAAGUAAAGCAUUUGGCAUUUCACCGAACCUCGUGGAAGUGCAUUGUUCUCCGGAGUGGAGCUAAGGCUGCGAGGCGACUUGCACUAGAUUUUAUUGGAAAAAAUAAACAAACAUGUCUUUAGGUGAAUUAUCGUGUGUUUACAGUACUCUAAUAUUGCAAGACGACAAUGUUGACGUUACAGCUGAUAAAAUCAAGACACUUCUGAAAGCAGCCAACAUUACUGUGGAAUCCUACUGGCCAACAUUGUUUGUGAAGGCACUAGAAGAUGUUAAUCUGUCACAGCUCAUUGCAAAUGUUGGAUCUGGAGUGGGAUCUGCUGCUCCUGGACCAGCAGGUGGAGCGCCUGCUGCAGAUAAAGAAGCUCAGGCAGCCAAAGAAGAAGUGAAAGAAGAAAAGAAAGAAGAGUCAGAAGAAUCUGACGAUGAUAUGGGAUUUGGAUUGUUUGAUUAAAAACAAGGUAUCAUUCCUGAGUUCAUUUCUGGAGUAUUUUACAAAAUAAAACUUCUGUAAAGUAAACUUGUUUAA